CACUCCCUUCUCUACCAGACAUGAACUCAAUCUCCACUCUCUCUAAUGGCCAUUCUUCACUUGUCUCUCUCUCUACGCCUCUUAAAACCUCCCCAAAACCCAAACCCCACCACCCCAAAACCCAGAAUCCUCUGCAAUUCCUCCAAGAGAGACUUCAUACUCAACACUGCUUCCCUCUGUGCAUUUUCUUUGUCAGCACACGACCCAUUUGCCACAGCCUUUGCUGAUACUUCCCCAUCUUCAAAAUCCAUACUGUCUGCCAUAGCCAACACCAAAACUUGGUUUCAGUUCUUUGGUGAUGGGUUCUCCAUCCGGGUUCCACCUGAGUUUGAGGACAUUAUGGAGCCUGAGGAUUUCAAUGCUGGAUUGUCUCUUUAUGGAGAUAAGGCAAAGCCCAGGAAAUUUGCAGCUAGGUUUGCAUCUUCGGAUGGAUCAGAAGUUUUGAGCGUUGUAAUUCGGCCUACCAAUCAGCUGAAGAUCACCUUCUUGGAGGCCAAAGAUAUUACUGAUUUAGGUUCCUUGAAGGAGGCAGCAAAAAUCUUUGUUCCAGCUGCGGCAACUUUGUACUCUGCCCGAACAAUAAAAAUAAAGGAAGAUGAUGGUUUCAGGACUUAUUACUUCUAUGAGUUUGGUAGAGAUGAACAGCACCUAGCUGUAGUUGCUGCUGUUAACGGCGGAAAGGCUUUUAUUGCUGGAGCAGCUGCCCCACAGUUUAAGUGGGAUGAUGACGGUGUCAAGCUUCGUUCUGCUGCUAUAUCACUGACACUGUUAUAGUCAUCUUCCAAGAAAAAAUCAUGUAACAGGUUUGCAGAAUCAUCUCUUGAUUUUGGAAUGCCCUCAUUAUUUGUCAUGCCACCACAAUGAAGAAAAUUAGGACAUGAUCCUUUUCUUCUAGAAAUUUUAGCCCAACUUCUUGAGCUCAAGGCCGAAACCUUCAACCUGAGAUAAAGCCUCUGGUCCAAGAAGUUGGAAAAUAAUUCUGAAGCUAUCAAAAAGUAGGAAAAUUGAUCAUUGAGAAUUUUACUGUUACUCACUUGGUGGUGUUGUUUUUUUGCUGCUUCAGAGUCCAGAUUGUCUUGUAUUCUUUGUAGUAUGCUGCCGUGCUUCUAAUUUGGAAACCAAAUCAUAUUUGUGAUUUGAUGGGUCAUUCUUGAAGCAAACCAAAAUCCCAGAACUCCAUGGUUGUUCUUAUCUGCUAAUGGCAAGUUGUGGGCAGUUCAGAUUUUCCUGACAGCUGCAAAGCAGCUUAGAGCUCAUAGCUAAUGGAGUCUGAAAGAAAAAAAAUUGUUUCAGGCAUUUGUAAAUUCUGAGGGAUUGUAUGAGGGCAUUUCUUGUUCAAUUUGCGUCGAAAUUUUGUGAAUGAAAUACUUUUUUCUGCAGUUUUUUUGCAUGAUUCACUAAGUACCCACUACAGUCUGGGCUUUUUCUGAGA